CUGACUGGUUUUCUAAACAACGCCCCUACCUUUUUUUUUAGUUGAGUUUGAGCUGUGGAUAGUUGUCACACUCCUCUUAAAUGGCUGUGCGAAGUUGCUGGAUAUUGGAAGGAACUGGAACACUGGCGUACACGUCGAUCCAGAGCAUCCCAAACAUGUUCAAUGGGGGACUUGUCUGAUCUACAGAGGAUGCAAUCUCUAUUGCACUCCACACUGCCCUUUCACACCUGGAUAAAAGGAACACUGGAUCCUGGACUUCUUGACGUGCCACCUCCAGGUGGUAAGGGAUGUCGUUUUCCAGUGGCUAAUGGGUGAUCAAAUUAAUCUGAACCAGAUAGAUGCAGAGGACCCCGAGAUCCCAGAUUAUACCAUGCUACCAGACACAGGCUGCCUGUCUGUGCGACUACACUUGCAAGAGGGAGAGGAAAACCCACGAGACUUUACCUCCCUGUUUGACAUGUCUACUCAAGCUAUCAAACACUUUCCCCCAAGUCAUCAGUUCCUACAAGCAGAUGUCAAACAUGAGCCCCUCCAGCUGAUCACACCUCAGUUUGAGACUCCCCUUCCCCAGCUGGAGCCUGCUGUAGGUUUCCCCUCUCCAGUUCUACACAAUCUCACCCAGCUCCUGUCUAGCUCAGCCGUCUCACAGAUUGAAUGUGGAUUCUGUACACUCGACUGACAAUGGCAUGUGCACUAGACUGUAUUCAACAACACUUUUUGCUAAUUGACUGGGAUUUAUUAAAAUGUGACAAUACACACUUGAUCAUUGUAGAAAAUUAUACAUUUUCCAUCCGUCUAAAAUGUGUGUGUGCUCUCCUAUGGGUUGCUUUGAGCAGGUCUUUCCGCCUGUCUUCAGGGACCUGCCUCCCCCCAUGCUUGACCUGGAUGAAACCGUCUCAGAUUGCAUUUGGCACAGCGCUCCAACAAAUGUAAGUGCUAACCACAGGUUAUAUUUGAAUUGAGCAUUAUUAACGGAAAGUGUUCUGUACUCUUCCUGCAGGCAACAACGACAAUCUAGAGUUCUACGUGAGGAAGUGUGGAUACAUCUUGGGGGUGAGGAGAAGCUGGAUAAAGACCCAAAGGGAUGCCAAACACAUCCUGGAGCACAUAAUCUUUCAGGUUGUAGAGUUCAAGAAGCUCAA